GUUUGAUUGGAGAACUUUGUAGACUUGUAGUUAUGUUACCAUUAAAUGAAAUAUAUGAUGAUGAACUAGAAGAUAAUCCUAACUUUGGCAAAACUAGGGAAGAAAUAACAAGUUUAGAUAUAAAAAUUGCUUACAGAAACAAAAUCACCGCCAACCUUAAUAUUUUCUCCCACUUAACCGAACUAAAAGAAUUAGAUUUAGGAAUUAACCAAGCAAACCCCGAACUCAACAAUAAUUUUUCUGGCUCCUUAAAAGCCCUGGAAAAUUGUAAGGAUUUAGGCCUGACACUCGCUCAUCCUGAAUUAAUGUAUGCGAAAACCGCGGAAAAAGAAAAAGCCAUUGUAGAAUUAAGCAAAAAGAUAAAUGAGAGCAAAAAGAAGUUAGAAGAAGCGAAAGAAAGCGAAGAAGAUAAAACCCAAAAAAUCGCUCGCUUAGAAAAACAACUCCAAAAUCUAACUAAAAAACAAGAAAAAUUAGCAACUGAAAUUGCGAAAGAAAAAACGGACCACCAACAAACUAAACAAAAUCACCAAUCACAACUUAAAGACCUAACCACCAUACUAUUUCCUA